CGUUACCCCUUCUGUCUGUGGGGAAAAUUUUCAGGUAUUUUAUGGAAUUUCCACUGGCGAUAUUUUGGAUCCUCAGAGCGUUACAUUGUACUAUUUCACACCGAGGUCUAUUUUAAAUACUGUGAGAAUAUAUUAACAUUCACAAUGGAUAAAACAAAAAGAUUUAAUUGAUUUACAGUCGCUUCCAGAGGACCGCUAACUUGUAGCGAAUUGGGCGAAACCAAGAAUAAAAAAAUAUGGUGGUCCUAAAAAAGCACUGCUGUUCCAACGUCGUCAGUUUGAAAUGGUUGGCCAGACAAAGGCACCACAGCGCAGCCACGGGAAGAAGCGCCACGAAUCCAUCAACAGAACUGAAAUGCUAAUAUAAACGGUGCCUUUUUACCCAUUACACAGAAGAAAAGAAUACUGCGGGUUUCAGAGAUACAUUUUCAGUUUUUAUUUUGAAAAUGAACGACCGACUGGAUCCAUUUGAAGAACGACAACCGUCAUCUGACUUGAACAUGGGUAGAGUCGCCUGACCGUCUCUGUUUUCCGCCUUAUGGUUCGCUAGCUAGCCUAGGCUACUAGCCAGGCAAGCUAACGUCAGCUAGUUAUCUACGUUUUCAUGGGAAGUAGUUAGCUAACUAUCUCAGUUGAUUUGGAAUAAUAUAACACAACCUGAAAACUUCGCGUUGGAAUUUCAGAUAUGUAUUAUGUAAAGAUGGCUUGGGAUGCCUGGACUUUGAACAUGUUAUUUUUCUGAGUUACAUUAGCUAACUUCGCGAACAGUUAACGUUAGCUAGCCUACUCGAAUAAUCGGAUACCAGGUUAGUUUUGGCUAACCUCUCCCUUUCCAAACAUGUUUGAAAUGGAGACACACAUAUCUGGCCUCUUUCCGGAAAUUUUAGCUAUGAUUUUCAGUUACUUGGACGUAAGGGACAAAGGUAGGGUGGCCCAAGUGUGUGCGGCCUGGAGGGACGCUUCGUACCACAAGUCUGUCUGGAGGGGGGUGGAAGCGAAGCUUCAUCUGCGGAGGGCCAAUCCGUCCCUGUUCCCCAGCCUCCAUACCCGGGGAAUCAAGAAGGUCCAGAUCCUCAGCCUGCGGCGCAGCCUGAGCUACGUAAUCCAGGGGAUGCCAAACAUUGAAAGCCUUAACCUAUGCGGCUGUUUUAACCUCACGGACAACGGCCUCGGACAUGCUUUUGUUCAGGACAUCCCGUCCUUGCGGAUCCUCAACCUCAGCCUCUGCAAACCAAUCACAGACUCAAGCCUGGGCAGGAUUGCCCAGUAUCUGAAAAAUCUGGAGGUGCUGGAACUCGGUGGCCUCAGUAACAUCACCAACACAGGCCUUUUGCUCAUUGCCUGGGGCUUGCACAAACUCAAGAGCCUUAAUUUGCGGAGCUGCAGGCAUGUGUCAGACGUGGGCAUCGGUCACCUGGCUGGGAUGACCCGAAGCGCUGCCGAAGGCUGCCUCUUUCUAGAGCAGCUGACCCUGCAGGACUGCCAAAAGCUGACGGACCUGUCCCUCAAACACGUUUCCAAGGGACUGGCCAAUCUCAAGGUGCUCAACCUCAGCUUUUGCGGAGGAAUAUCAGACUCCGGUAUGAUCCACCUGUCGAAUAUGACUCACCUGUGGAGCCUCAACCUGCGGUCGUGUGACAACAUCAGUGACACGGGCAUCAUGCACCUGGCAAUGGGGUCUCUACAGCUUUCCGGCCUCGACGUGUCCUUCUGCGACAAGAUAGGUGACCAGAGCCUGGCCUACAUCGCCCAGGGGCUGUACCAGCUCAAGUCUCUGUCCCUGUGCUCCUGCCACAUCAGUGACGACGGGAUCAACCGGAUGGUGCGCCAGAUGCACGAGCUCAAGACCCUGAACAUCGGGCAGUGUGUACGUAUCACUGACAAGGGCCUGGAGCUGAUCGCCGACCACCUGACGCAGCUCACCGGUAUCGACCUGUACGGGUGUACCAAAAUCACCAAGCGGGGUCUGGAGAGGAUAACGCAGCUCCCGUGCCUUAAAGUGUUAAACCUGGGACUCUGGCAGAUGACGGAGAGUGAGAAAGUGAGGUGAAAGCCAAGCUGGGAGGAAGAAGUGGGGGUUUUCACCGUGGAAGGUGUAUUAUUUUUCAUCUUCAUAGAAUACCUGAGCGGAACAGUUUGUAGACUAUUACAUUACCUUUUAAUAACUAUAAUACUGUGACCUUAAUUUUAGUAGAAGGGAUCAACCCUUUUUAAACAUUCACUGUCAUAGCAUUAUUCCACCCCUUAUUUUGGUAUAAUUGCUUUCUCUCUUAUUUCCGUGUUAACUAUCCUGUCAUUGUAUCACAUUUAUAAGGUUUUUACUAGCUACCUCAUUCAUUGAAGAAACUGGAGUGCCUGGGACACAACCCCACUGUCUUUCCAUGCAAACAAAAAAAAAUAUGGGUUAUCUACCACAUUUUUCAACUUUCCCUUUAACUGUUUACCAGUAUUGAUGAUAGACAACUCAUGCAAAACAACUAUGUUCUAACACAGUCCAUCUUAACACUGCACACGAAGGCCUUAAUGCCUUGGAUUGAAGCUUUGACUAAGAAGUAUUUUUCUUAUGUUAAUAAAUAUAUUUUUUAUAAUGAAUGGCUGUAAGCCAGAACAUUGUACUUCAAAUUGAAGUGAAUUGUUUGGUUUUGAAGUACACCUUUUUGAAUUGGUAGUUUCCAUGCCUGAGAAGUUGUACUCUAACAUUGUAAUCUGCCUUUCCUAAUUCCUUCUGGUAAACAUGAACAGUGUGGAUAUGACAGGGGUAAACUAUCUGCCUUCUCCCCCCUGGGGACUUUAGAGUGGAGAGUGGAAAAAUAGACUUUAUCUUGCCCUUGGUUAUCAAGAGCAUAUGUAUUUGAAGUCUGUAUGCAACAUCAUAUCAAUAACCUACAUCAUAUUUUCUCCUGUAAAGCCUUCAAGGAAAGAUCAUUGGUGUGUUUCUUAAAAAGGGUAAUUUAAAAUGGUUUUAUAUUCAUACAACAGUGAUAUUUAUUAAAAAAUUCUGAAUGUU